AUGGCUAGCAUGUGGAUUCCUGGUGAAACUUACUAUUCUGAAGACUGUUUAACACUGAAUAUUUUUGUACCGGAAGCGACAUCCCCAAUUGGUGGCAAACUUCCGGUAAUGCUAUGGAUCCAUGGCGGAGCAUACGCUAUUGGACAGUCGGCGAUAUAUUCCGGGGAAAAUCUUGCCGCCUUUGGUGACGUCAUCGUAGUAACCGUUAAUUACAGACUAGGAGCUCUAGGGUUCCUAGCAACACAUGAUGAUGACGUCAGAGGUAAUUAUGGACUUUGGGAUCAACAUCUUGCCAUGCAAUGGGUACAUAAUAACAUUAGAUCUUUUGGCGGGAAUCCAGAGGAAGUGACGUUGUUUGGGGAAUCCGCUGGAGCAGCAAGUACAGUAUAUCAGGCAAUGUAUCCUGGCAACCGUGGAUUAAUGAAGAGAAUAAUAUCUGAAAGCGGAAGUGCAAAUAGCGCAUGGGCAUUUCAAAGUCGUGAUAAUUCGGCAAGAUAUACUACACUCCUAGGGAAAUCACUGGGGUGUCCAAAUUUAACGAAUACGAUGGCAGUCGUGACGUGUCUGCGAGGGAAACCAUUCCAAGAUAUCAUUGAUCACUCGAGGGUUGGAACGCUUAAGGAGACUCUGUUCAGGACUGAGUUCGCGCCUGUAGUCGACAAUGAAAUCGUAUUCAUAGACCCGCUUACGGCUUUCGGACCAGGGAGUUACAUGCCACGACCGGUAAGGGAUUUCUUCUCCGAAAUUGACGUCAUCACUGGAAUCAACAAAGGGGACGGCGAGUUCAUUACCGCUGCAUCAUUAUUACCAUACUUACAAAAUAUGCUGACGUCAUAUCCGUCUAAGAAACCUAUUGAAAUCUUGGAAGAAACGAUAUUCCCAUUGUUACUAUCAGACCGUCUUGGAAAUACAACCACCACACUGAACAAAGUGGCUGUUUUUCUGUACAAGGAUUGGCACCAACCUUACAUACAAAAUCAGACAUAUAUUCACGAACUACUGGACCUUUCUUCGGACCAUUUCUUCUUCAUACCCUCUCUAUUUACAGCGCGUGCUCACGCGGAAAACACAAACAAUGCUUCUACUUACCUCUUCCAGUUUUCCCAUCAAUCUUCAUAUACGAAGACAUCGAAUUGGAUUCAGGGUGCACAACAUGGUGACGAGAUUGCGUAUGUAUUUGGUUUCCCAGCAGGCACGCUGAAAACGGCAAUGAAAUAUCCGGACCAGGUGACUCAACAACAGAUGACGUUAUCCACCGCCGUGAUGACGUAUUGGACCAACUUUGCCAAAACAGGAAAUCCCAAUUAUCCAAUAGCCGUGGACAACAGUCCAGUAUGGCCGGAAUAUGACCUUGAACGUCUCCGCUUCAUUGACUUUGAUACCAAUAUUACCAUUAGUAAUCACAUGUACGCUACACGCGAGGCGUUUUGGUUACAUUUGGCGCGCGAUCUACAGAACAACGUCAUAUCCGCCGGAACAUCUUCACAUGUGAUUCCACCACUUCCGGGAAUUAUUAUUGGCUGAGCUUUUUUUUUUAAAUAAAUGAU